GAGCUUCACUACUGGUACUUUCCAGUUACGGUAUUUUCUCUAUGGAAUUUUCUACCACGGAAAUUUUUGUAUUUUCUGCACUUAUUUCCGCUGUUGAUCCGGUGGCAGUAAUCGCAGUCUUUGAAGAAAUCAAUGUGAAUGAGUUCAUUUUUGUGAACGUAUUCGGCGAAGCACUAUUCAACGACGGUGUGACUGUGGUGCUCUACCAAAUGUUCAAAAGCUUCACAUUAAUCGGUGCUGAGAAUCUCGAACCCAUUGACUAUGCAGCCGGUGUAUUGUCAUUCUUACUGGUGGCUUGUGGUGGUGCAGUCAUUGGUCUCAUUGCAGCGUUCAUCGUCAGUUUCAUUACAAAAUAUACGAAUCAGGUUCGAAUACUUGCACCAGUAUUUAUUUUCGUCAUUCCUUAUAUGGCAUACCUUACAGCUGAAAUUACUUCUCUAUCUUCAAUUAUUGCAAUCGCUGUGUGUGGAAUGGCAAUGAAACAGUACGUGAAAGGAAAUAUCACCACGACAGCAGCGAAUGCCGUAAAAUACUUUGUAAAAAUGUUGGCUCAAUCGUCUGAGACGGUGAUUUUCAUGUUUUUGGGACUUUCAACAAUGUCGUCCAAUCACUACUGGGACACGGCGUUUGUCGUUGCCACAGUUGGAUUUUGCCUUCUCUACCGGACAAUCGGUGUAUUAGCCCAAUGCUUCUUCCUUAACAAAUUCCGUCACAAGAAGUUCACAAAGAUUGAUCAACUCAUCCUAUCAUACGGAGGCCUUCGAGGUGCAAUCGCAUUCGGUUUGGCCAUGUCCAUUCCGGCAACGAUUAUGGCAAGGCAGAUGUUUAUCACCACAACCAUAGUUGUGAUUUUCUUCACGGUGUUCCUCCAGUAUUUGGACUACAUGAUGUCAGGUGUGGAGGAUAUUGCCGGCCAACAAGGUCACUAUUCACUUCGCGAUAAUUUUGAACGUUUCAAUGCAAAAGUUCUUCGACCGAUUCUGAUGAGAAACGAGAAAAAGAAGAAUUUCGAUGCAUCGUCUAUCGUUCGAGCCUAUCAAAAGAUCACACUCGAAGAUGCGAUGAAUCUCACAAAAAUGCAAAAAGCAGAGCAUAAGAGGAUCUCGGCCCUUCGAGAGUAUGCCAUUAGGCAAGAACUACGAUUUGGUGAUGGUACAUAUGUUAAUAAGGGCUAUGAAAAAGAUCUGUCAGUUAACGACAUGACCGUAACUCCACAGCAAAAGCAACUCGACAAGGUCCUCGCCAGUGGUGAAAAUGUGGAUGGCCUGUAUGCGCUAUUCAGCGAGUUGCUGGAUAGAAAACUCAAGGAGUUGAACACCACCAGAGGACAGGUGAAAGUGAAUAACGAGGAAGAAGGAGAAGAUAUCCAAGACGAUUACAUGCGACAAAUGGCUACCAGUAGCAAUGCCGUAAGUUCAUUGACUAGCCAUAACCAACUAAAUCUUACCAUAUCCUGA